AUGUUCGUCCUUUUAACAACGAAGGCCUUACUCGUCAUAGUGUUUCCAGUUCUGACUACCGGUCAGGAUGCAAAAAUCAUGGUGUUUCCGUCUAGCGGAAAUGGCACUGUUCCUGAAUCACCGGGUAGAUUCGAAACCGUUCUUCGACCGGAUAUGACACAUCUCCCGGAACCGUUCGCGCGGCCGCUGCCUGCAUCUCCGAUCAACUAUCUAGCCGCUCCCCAAAGAACGUUCGUCAGUCAUCGAAGCGAUCUGCCCUACGUGUACGAACAUCCGAAUUACCCGUAUCCAGUCGCUCAUUCCAUCGAUUAUCCGGUCGGACCGUCGUCGAAACAGCUAAUGAUCGUCAGUUUCAUCGGUUUACUGUUGCUGUUCGCGAUCAUACAGAACACGAUCGCCGCUGUAAAACGAAGGGACGUGCUGACGGACGUUUUAUCGGCCAGAGAGAAGAGAGACAUCUACGCUGCCUACGAUAUUAAUUCCGUGAGCCCGGAACAGGAAGACGUUCUUAACGACGAUGCUAGAGUGCGUUGCAUACAGAGAACGGUCUGCCUGGAGAAUCGAAAGCUCGCGACAGCGUUCGGUACCGUUGGCAAGAUACUCGCCAAGCACUUGACGCGUAGCGUGGGUAAAUCUUUGAAAUCGACUUCCGGUUGGGACCGUCUGGUGCGGGACGCCGGCGAAGCCGGAAUUCGCGACGAGGAUUGCAACGUGCUUUACAGGGACUGCGAGGAAUCGAUCUCUCCGAGAAGAACCGAAAAAGAAUGA